AUGAAGGGUAAUGCCGUUCUUUAUGAGGCGAUUGCAGAAGUAUGGAGAGCCGAUACCGGGCAGAAAAUCAGUCACCAAACGGUUCAUAAGCACAUCACUGACAGGCUAAAAGAGCAUUCCGCCAUACUUGCUAUACCGGAACCUGACCGCGCUAAACUGAACGCUACCGAAGCUGCUAUGUUUGACUACGCCAAUGAGAUUUACGAAGUGCUACAAGAGAAUGCAGUGGCAGAGCAGCGACGAAGAGAUCUCACGGCUCGUGCGGAUACUAAGGCUCAGGCAGGUACCGACUCUGUGCGGGAUGACACAGCCGAUGAAUUAGUGCAACCAGCAAGGGAGAAAAGGCCCAGAGAUCCGGUGGACUCUAGGGAGGAAGGCAUGCAGCAAUUAGCCUGUCUAUCGGCCAACAGCCCGGCCGCCAGCCCGGCCGCGAACCCUACCUCCCUCGCCAUUGCCUUCCUCACCAUCGCCUACCUCACCAUCACUGCAAACAGAAAUGGCUCUAUUUCUUAG